AUGAAUCGUUCCGUUCAAUCUUCUGAUGGAAUGGAACAAGAAUCUGUUGUGGCCUGGAAUGGCGCCUUGAACAAAGAGAACAACAACAGCAAUGAGAACAUUUCAGCAAGCAACGACAAUGUCGGCCCUGUAAUCAGAAUUCUGGAAAUAGAAGCCAAAAUUGACAAAGAACCAACUCAAGUUGAUGAAAGUUCCUCCGCGGUUUUAAAAUAUCGAACGCCUAAUUUUAGAGCCAGUGCCACGGUGGAGAUUUCCCCAUUCUCGGACAACGAGGCAUGGAAGGUCGGCUGGAUUCAGGCGUGCACCGACAUGACCUUUCACAACACAUAUGGAAAGGAGGGAUUCACCAGUUGGGAGUUCCCAGAACUGACCUCUGGCAAGCAGACGAUGAUCUCUGAUUGCGACGGCCGGCACUACCCGUGGUACGGCUCCAGGAACGAGACGGUCAUCUUCAAGGGGCCCUGCGAUAGGUAUCAGACUGCCACCGUGUAUAUGAAUGAUAAUUUUCAUCCCCAUGUCACAUGGCGCAAUCCAGCCAAUCGCCAUCAGCUAGAGCCGAACUUGACUCACAUAAUACGGGAUCAGAGCUUCUACGUUUGGCUUGUGGCUUGGAAUAUGGUCACCAUGAAGAGUUUCGUUAUGCAGACGAUCUCCUGGUGCAUGCAGCUAGAGAUCGCCAUAGAUCCCAGGCGUCCCCUGGGCACGCGGGCUACCUUGGUCAGCAACCCAGUGCCUCGCCAGCCGAUCAUCCUCGACUACAACGUGCCGAUCCCGCGCUGCGCUCUCACGCCGCCCUGCGCCAACUCUGCACAGAUGCUGGUGUGGCACCCGCGUCGUGGGAAACCCGCUUGCGUCAUCCCGCCCGUCUGGAAAAGUCAGUGCCGGAGUCCCAAACGAGAGUCUAAAUUAUGA